CCCAUGCUGCUCUGGACAGCUGCUCUGCUCUUCGUUCCCUGUGUUGGGAAAACUGUCUGGCUGAGCCUCCAAGCCCAGCCAUACCUCGUGUUUGAGGGGGAUAUACUGAUUCUGCGAUGCCGGGGAAGGAAGAACGCCGAGCUGUCCCAGGUGACAUUCUACAAAGAUGGAAAAUUCCUCCAUUUCUCUAAGAACAACAGGCCUCUCUUCCUGGGGACAGCAACAGCUAACAGCAGUGGCCACUAUAACUGCACUGGGCGGGUGAAAUAUACCCGAAACAUGGACUCAUGGGAUUCAGGGACUGCCACGGUCCAAGUCCAAGUGUGGUUCCCGCCUCCUGUGCUGACGGCCCUCCCCUCUCACGAGCUCUGCGAGGGGAAACCUGUGACCCUGAGAUGCCAGACGAAGCUGCGCAGUCAGACGCUGGCCCAGCGGCUGCUCUUUUCCUUCCACAAGGACGGCCACACCCUGCAGAACAGAAGCCCCCGCCCGGAACUCCGCAUCCCAGAAGCCAAGGAAGGAGACUCUGGGUUUUACUGGUGCAAGGCGUCCCCUGAGGGUGGCAGGGUCCAGAAACGGAGCCCUCAGCUGGAGGUGUGCUCCCCAGCUCCCGUGUCCCGUCCUCUGCUCACCCUGAGACCCACCAGCCUAGUUGCGGGGGACGAGGUGGAGCUCCUCUGUGAGGCCCAGAGGGGCUCCCCUCCGAUCCUGUACUCAUUCCACCUCAAUGGGGACAUCCUGCGGAACCACGUGGCUCCCCACGGGGGACCCGCCUCCUGCCUCUUCCGGGUGAUGUCACAGCAGGAUGCUGGGAACUACUCCUGCGAGGCUGGGAACCGUGUUUCCAGAGAGACAAGUGAGCCCAAGACACUCUCUGUGGAUGAUCCUCAGGGCUUCUCUGACCCCGCCAGUAGGAACUGGCUGGUUCCUGGGCUGCUUGCAAGCCUGCUUGCCAUGAUGGUCGUUGCUGCUGCACUUCUGGGGUAUUUCAGACCCUGGAGGAAAGACGGACCCCUUCCACCCCGGAAUUCACCCUCGGCCCCAGUUGGAGAGCAGCAUCCGCUAUAUGUCAACAGUAAGGACUUGCAUCCGGACCAGCGUCUGCCCACGAAGGCAGAGAAGGGCCUCUCCAGGGGAGUCGGGAGAAAGAAGACUUAUGCUCCUGAGUCUCGGGAAUCAGUCGUUUGGGGAAGAAAGCAGGAGGCUUCCGGGGAGAGCUUGAGGAGCAACGCCAGGCCUGCCCAGCCAGCCCAGCAGGACAAGGACGUUUCCGUCAUCUAUGCUGAGGUGAGACGCCCGCAGCGCAGCGAGGGUCCAGACAAGGGGCCAAGUAGAAGAAGCAGGACCCACUGA